ACAAAGUAGUUUUUCCUUUAAACUGCCAGAUUCUAAAAAUUUGUAUACAUCUAAUCGUUUCUUCUAUAAAUCGUUCUCCUGUUUUCCAAAAUGAAGACUUCUCUGCUGCCAGUGUUUGCUUUACUUUUAAUAUAUCUGAUGACUAGCUACGCUUAUAAUGCAAAGAAGUGCAAUGCUAAACCCAGUGAAACUGGACCGUGUAAGGCGGCGUUUCCAAUGUGGCGUUUUAUAAAGGCUACACGACAGUGUGAAUCCUUCCUAUAUGGUGGAUGCAAAGGAACGAAGAAUUUAUUUGAGGAUGAAGAAGAAUGUAUAGCACAGUGCUUAACUUAAGGAUUUAGCGAUUUAAUUUUCAAAUAUCCUAAAUAUUGAAUGGUUCUUUAUGAUUUCUACCGAUGCUAUAUUUAUUUUCCAAUGCAGCUGACAUUUUCAUAGAAUUGCGAUGGGGGCAUUUCUACUAGACAUGCCAACCACACAUUCUCUUGCUAUUUAAUUAUGACAAUCUUGUGCCUUGUUCAGCUAGACUUUCCAAACAUUCUAAUCAAAAUUUGAAAUAUGAGAAAUAAAAAGACGUUCAUAACUAUAA